UAGGAAGUUUUUGCAACUCCUUUUGCUAUAAAAGCACUUUUUUAAAUGAUUCCAAAGUUCUACCCGAAUGCUUCGAGAGUAUUUUUUCUCAAAUCAUGUCAAAAUAGUAUCCAUCCCAUUCUACCCUUCACACAGAAUCAGAGUUGAAUCGCUGUAGACUCUUCUUCUUAUCCGUUACCUCCCGAUCUCUCUUUCUAUCCAGAAAAAAACACUAUUUCACCGAACGUCUUCGGUAACUACCAAAAGUGACAUAUUUAUAUCGAAAGAAGUAGCAUAUAAAUUGUACUCCGUAUCAUAUAGCUGGAAUGAGGUAGAGUCGCGAGAACGCAAAAUUUAUAAGAACUGCCAAGGAAUUCAUUUCCUAUACUGUCUCUAUUUUGAUGUAUACUCAUACACAUGUGUAUAUAUUCCUGACUCAGCUAGAUAGAUAGCCAAGAUUUCCUGUGAGUCAAUACCAUGGGCUGCGCUGGAUCAUUGCCGUUGGAAGGAGAUGAUGCUGUCAAGAUACGGAAGCCAAAACCGUGGAAGCAUUCGACCGAAAUAACAAAGGAUCAACUUCUAAAAAUGCGUGAAGAAUUUUGGGACACUGCUCCACACUAUGGUGGGCAGCAAGAAAUCUGGAAUGCUCUCAAGGCUGCAACUGAGGCGACUGAUAUUACCCUUGCUCGAACAAUUGUGAACAGUGCUGGUAUUAUUGUCCACUCCCCUGACAUGACGAUCUGCUAUGAUGAGAGAGGUGCCAAGUAUGAGUUACCGAAGUACGUUUUGAGUGAACCAACGAACUUGAAAGGUGAAAAGACAUAGCUGAAGAAGAGAGAUAAGUUUGGUAAUGCUAGAGGUGGUGAAUGCGCGUGUGCGUAUGUAAAAAGGGAUUGUAGUCCUGUAAUUCGUUUUUAGUGUUUCUGAUAUUGUCAACUAUGAUUUGAAUAUAGCAAUUCUACUUUUGUGUAAUGUUUGAUGGUAGUAUCUGGUGGCUACACCAACCCAUAUCUUGCCCAAUAUGCUUGAUGAAAAAAAAUGAUAUUAGUACCAACUAUGUGCACCAACUUUUUGAAUACAUGGGUUGGAGUGUUGGACAAUUGUCCUGAAGAAAUACUUAAGGCUUGUUUACUAACAGAG